GUGGGUGGUGGUGGUGGUGAAGCUGCCCUUGGUAAGAUGGCGGCCGGGAUCGCCACCCACCCCGCCGUGAGAACCGCCGCCUUCGUGGUCGCCUCCCGCGCGGCUUCUCCGCCGAUUCGCCUCUCGCAGCAAGGAGCCAUGGCCGCGGACAGCGAGCCCGAGUCGGAGGUGUUUGAGAUCACAGACUUCACCACUGCAUCAGAAUGGGAAAGGUUCAUCUCCCGCGUGGAGGAGGUUUUGAACGACUGGAAGCUGAUUGGACAAUCACCGUCUCUGCCGGUUCGCAAAGGGGAGUACACGACAGGCACAUGGGAGGAGGAGACGGAGGAGGUGAUGUUCGCGAACUUCCGCUUCUCGGUGAUCCACCACUACCUGAAGCAGGAAAGCAUCGACGGCAAGGAGGCCAGGGGCGAGGCUGCCGAGGAUGAUGAUGCUCUUCCCGAAGCCAUGCAGGACCUGGUGUCCAUGGACAAUGACUUUUCUCCCAGAGCUCACUGCCUUGUGCGCUGGAAUGGCCUGAGAAAUUUUGUCAUCAUUGCUCCCUCGGCUGCCUCUGAAGCUGUGAUCACAGAAUCCAAGUGCAAUCUGCUCCUGAGCUCUGUCAGCAUUGCUUUGGGCAACACGGGCUGCCAGGUGCCAGUAUUCGUGCAGAUCCAGCAGAAGUGGCGCCGCAUGUUCUCUGGCCUGUGCGAGGGUCCCGGCGUACGUACGGACUUCGAAAUGGUUCACCUGCGCAAGGCGCCCAAUCACUACAAUCACCUGUCUGGCCUGCUGGACGUCUUCAAAUCUAAAAUUGCCUGCCCAUUGUCCCACAUACCUCCUGUGAGUGUCAGCAUUCGCUUCACCUACGUGCUGCAGGACUGCCAGCAGUACUCAUGGCCCCAGCCACCUCCAGACUUUGAUGCCCUGGUCGGUGGCGAAGUUGGUGCUCUUGAACUCGGCAAGCUGCCCUUCGGCGCGUGUGAAGACCCUGUGAGUGAACUGCACCUCGCCGCUACUUGGCCACAUCUAACGGAAGACAUUAUCGUGGACAAUGACGUUUACUCUGAUCUCGACCCAGUUCAAGCCCCUCAGUGGUCCGUGCGAGUGAGAAUGGCUGAUAACCCACAGUGCCUUCUGGGGGACUUCCUGUACGAGUUCCACUCAUUGUGCCAUCGUAAAGAAUCCACCGACGAGCUGCUGGGGAAGGCGGUCUUCGACGAUGAAGCCAAAGAGGGAGCAGACAUCAGCCAGGCGCUGCAGAGGCUGACAGAGCCCGUGCCCGUGCACAUGCCCACGCUCUCCUCCAUGAGCAGCAUGGUGCAGGGCGCGCGCAAGCGUAUACGCAGCCGCCGGCCUCGUGCCUCGGAGACGCCCAUCCCCAACGCCCUGCUCAACUCUAUGCUGCUGUACCUUUUCCCAGAUGCAGCUGACAAGUCGGCAGAAAGCCCAGAUGCUAAAGCCACUUGUUCAGUCACAACAGCUCCAGUUACUGAAGAUGAUGAAAUGGUGACUCUGCAUCGCAGCCUCAAGUCAGCGCCGGCUGACAGCCUGACCCACAAACUUGCGCUGUGCCUAUGCACCGUCAACUACCAGCACGGCGGCCUCAAGGGAGUGGCUCACCUUUGGCAGGAGUUUGUGCUGGAGAUGCGCUAUCGCUGGGAGAACAACUACAUUAUCUCUGGAUUAACACCUGGCCCUCCUGACUACAGCUGCUGUUUAUUGCAUCAAAAGCUACAGAUGCUCAACUGUUGCAUCGAGAGAAAGAAGAGCAGGGAGGAGAGGCAGCGCGAAUCGAGCAGCGCUGGAGGAGUCGGGCGUGCGGGCGGCAGUGACACCGCUCCGUCAACCUCAAAGAACGGGCGCAGGGAGGCGGCAGCCGGGAGGGCCGGGGAGAGGCAGCAGCAGGGCGGCACAUCCGCUGAGAUGGCUGCACAGAAGCCAUGGGAUUCCUGGAGUGAGGACAGCGAGGAUGAGUUCUUUGAGUGUGAGAGUGACCUGAGCGACGGUGGCGAGGGAGCGGAGGAGGGGGAGGAGGGAUCGACAGAAGGGACGAGACAGAGCGGCACGGGCGUUACGAAUGAGGACAAUGCGAGCAAAGUCGCGGAGAGAAAGGAGGAGCGCAAAGCGGCAGCUGCUGCCAACGCGACCGCCCAGCGCAAGCCUGAUGGACGGCUACACCAGCACGGGGAGAUCACGCUGAUCGAAAGCGGGGAGCCCCUGUACAUUCCCAUCACGCAGGAGCCAGCUCCCAUGACGGAGGACAUGCUGGAGGAACAGACUGAGGUCCUCGCAAAGCUUGGGACCUCAGCAGAGGGAGCUCAUCUGCGCGCCCGCAUGCAGAGCGCAUGCCUGUUGUCAGACAUGGAGUCAUUCAAGGCUGCAAAUCCAGGCUGUCGUCUGGAAGAUUUUGUUCGCUGGUACUCCCCACGUGACUAUGAGGAGGUUCCUCCGGACGAGGACGCCGCUGACUCCAGCGAGUUGGGCGCUCCAGCUGUUGCCCCCCGAGGGCGUCUGAGCGCUCGCAUGCAGCUGCCAGGCAACGUUUGGGUGGAGGCGUGGGAGGCGACGCGCCCCAUACCCGCUCGCCGCCAGCGACGCCUCUUUGAUGACACGCGCGAGGCCGAGAAGGUGCUGCACUACCUGGCGGGCAUGCGACCGGCCGAUGUGACCCUCCAGCUGCUGCCCUGCGCCAUUCACGCCGCUCUCCUCAAGGUCAAGGAAGAGUCAUCGGAGGACGUGCCGACAGUGAAUAAGCUGCUAAAGGCGUCCGUGUCUCUCGCCAGCCGAAUCCUCCGCCACCCCAACCCCGACCCACGCCGCCUGGAGGAGGUGAUAAGCCAAGUGACGCUGGCGGAGGCAGUGAUCGCCCGUGGGCGCUCGCUUCGUGCCAAGUUCGCCAUCAACACAUUUGACAAGGAGGAGGAGAAGACAGAGCUGGAGAGGUUUGUGUCGAGUUUGCUGGAGGAGCCGGAGGUUCCAGUCUUUGGUGCGGGAAGGGGCCCAGCAGGGAGCAUCAUCCACCGUCUCUUCAUGAGUGCGCAGCAGCUCUCUGACACCAGUGAUGAGGUGACCUCCUUGACGCCAGUCGACGAAGACCGCUCACUGGCCGCAGGGACAGCGGGCGGCUCGGAAGAGCGACGUGGGGCGGCUCCUGCCAGCACCGCGGGCCUGGCUGGGGGCUCCGCUCAGGGCGGGCAGGGCAACGGAUUCCCCGCCCCGCGGGGCCGCGAGUUCAUCCUGCGCUGCACCGUGCCGCGGCCUGCGCCGUACUCGCGCGCGCUGCCCCACAGGAUGUUCUGCGUGCUCUCCAAAGAUCAGUUCACCCUCGCCGGGGCCUUCUCCUCAGACACGUCCUUCUACUAGCGAUUUACACCGUUGGCGUUGGAAUUUCGGACGGUGGCUUUUGAAAAUGCGCGAUGCUUUGCCCAAGGCAGAGGCACCGAGUAAAUACGUUUAUAAAUGCGCAACUCUUAUAAACUAGGUUGUCACGAGUGCGCGCUGAGCCCUGUGCUGAGAUAUUAGUUUUCAAAACUUGGCCUCCAUUGAGCAAUAGGAGUGGAGCCCAUCAUUGUCGGCAGGCCCUGAGCCAGUGUAAGGCACUCAAUGUAUAGACCCCAGGGGGAUGAUAGGCUGCAUCAGUUCCUAAAUGGGAUUUAAACUCGCAGCCAUACAAAAUGUCAUUCGAGUGCUGUAACUCUGGUGGCACUUAGCCAGAUAACAAUUUAAAGAUAAACCUAAGAAAUACAUUUACUUUGUGUUGAUUAAAUAUCGUCAGAAUAUCCAUUCAUGUUUAAUGGGAGGAUGUAAUCAACUUCGGCAAAAAUUACAUUUGACAUUUCGCCUCUGGCGAGAGGGCAGUUUGCCAUUGUAAUGUAAAUUAACAUGACGAGUGCCACUUGGUCGAAAGCCAACAGCGGUCAUCCUGAAGAGGCUGGCCGCUGCUGUAAGAAUGUGGAGCGUUUAACCACUGGUUCACAGCCGCCAACAGAGAUUAUAACCUCUCAAUUGCGCGUAUAGAGGAGGCGUUAGACACUUCAUCCUUUUAUUUUAUUUAAUAUGGUGUGUCAACAUCAGCACUUUGGAGACAUGUCCAUGCACGAUGUACAAAAUCUUAAAUGGCUCCCACAAUCCAUUGUAUGUCGUGACGUAACCAUGGUGUUUCGGUUAUCGCUUUGUGUUUAAUGGAGGUGAGCGGACUCCAGCUGGCUUAGGAAUUUUCAUCGUGGGUGCAUCUAUAUGCACGCAUAGCUUACUGCGCUGUUUGAUAUUGCAUUGAUAGAAGAAUGUCAUUCGUAAACAUGUCAGGAUUUACCUCGUGUCCAAUCAGACAUGCACUUGUUUUAUCUUCAUGGUAUUAUUGCAUCCUUGUGACACCACAAUGAGUAAAAAAUGCGUGUACAGUUAAAACUAAUUUUAUCCCAACAAAGUGUACUUUUUUUUCUUCUUCAUUAGCCAUGCUUGAAACUCACGUUAGGGUGAUAUACACGGCCGAGGUCUCUAAUAUAAUACCCAAUAGUUUUUAUAUUAUACCUUCUCACAAUUGGGAACAUUUCUCCAAGCCUACUGAGCUAUAUCCAAACCAAGUAUGCCGUCUUCGAGAAGUUGACAAUGUAGCAAACACAGUGGCAUUUUUCCCAUUCAAGAGAAGGCAAGUGCAGCCUUGGGCUUACUGCUGUUAUUUAUCAGCCACCCACGCCUGCCAUACCGAAAUGUAUUGCAGGACUCUUGCUAUCCCUGUAAUUGUUCACUUGAACAUUUCUCACCCUAAACGUGUUGUCACGGUCAAAGAACCAGGGAAAUGUAUGGGUAUUGCCCCAAGGAGCAGGUUGCUUGUCCUGUGAUUUUAGUUUGUUGUAACAGCAAUGGGGGCCAGCUGUAAAUUUCAAAGAGGUCAUCAUGGUAAAGUACUGUCAUGCCACCGCAUCUUGCCAUCACCUUGGCAUCACUUCCUUAUCCUGGAUCUUGCGUUUGUUACACAGUCUACACAUGUAUGUAUGCAUGUUGAACUUCUUUCGCUCCAAUCUAGAUUUCUUUCGCACCAUACGUAGCCAACCUUGAUAAUCGGAGGUGCGGGACAUCCAAUGUCUGCUUUUACAGUCACCACCAGCACCACCUUUUAGGUUUUUUAAAAAUCUUGGCUGCCGACUUCUCCGUGCCAAGCCAAUUCCUGUCUCGGUAACCUGCCCUCCGUCCUGCAUAUGUCGCCGGUCCGUCAAAACCUCCUCUGCCUGUUUGACCACGGUGGGCCGUAAGAGAAAUGGGUACCACUUGAGGUGGGCAACAUGUUUACUUCACUGAUCUCUGUUCAUGAGACCAAAACAAGUUGAUGAUAUUACAACUCAUUUUGGAAUUGUUAUCACAUAAAUUACUUAGAAUGGCCUUGUAGGAAAUUGGUACUGCCACAUUUUAGCUAAUUUAAUGUUAUAUCCGUAGAGGGCUUUCACUGACGGCGCUUAACAUAGUUUGACAGAGUAGAAUGAUUUAGGUGGCAGGGGAGUGCAAGGGUUGAAGAAUGAGUGACUACGAUAGAGGGUUCUUAGGAAUCACCAUAGGGUAGGGGAGGGAUGGCAAGGAGUGGAUGGGCGAGGGGAGGGAAGACGAAGAGAAUGGGCAAUAGAGCUAAUUAUGCCUACAACACUUUUGCCACAUUCUCUUAUGAACUUCCAAGUUGCUUACCCUAUCAUGUCAUGUUGGUUUCCUAUCAUCAUCGCGCAUCCAUGUGUGUCUCCUGAGCUCUCUCAUGUUUCUCUAGCUCCCUCACUUCCCGUGUCUCCGUCAUGCCGAGUAAAGAAGAUGGGUCCACAUGUAAAGCUAAAUUCUUGUAAAAAAAACGGUGGCGUGUUUGAGAGAUAGUGUUUGGGAAAUGUUGUUGUAACCUUAAUUCCCAGAACUAUGGAGGGGCACCAGUUAGCUAUGCCAACAGCACUUGAACACAUAAACUGCACUAUUACUCAUUGACUCAAAACUGGCAGGGUGGCGUGGUCGUUAGGUGCCUUGGCUCAAUCUGAAAUUCAUUAUUUCAAAUCCUGGUUGGGAUCAACUCGGGCCAAGUAUCUCUUUAGAAUAGAUAACAUGAGUACAACAUUUGUGGAAAUGUAAUGAUGGCUAACCUAGGACGAGGCUGGCACCUGCCACCAUGGGAAUGGGGAAUUUCCCUCACUGGCUGUCAGGGUCACACAUGAAAAUUAGUACCAAGCACAUUUUACGCCUUCAAGAGUGCUGUUUGUUGCUGGCCACUUGCUCAUUUGGCCUGUGCUCAGCCACCAUUUUUAAAAUCCUAGUUUUUACACAUUUGUGGCUACCAGGGAGUCCAUAAAGGUGUCCAUUGUCAGAAUUAUGGCCAUUGCCUUAGAGUGUCACCUAUUCCCUUUUAGGCAGUCUAAUUGACACGUGUUGAGCACGUAACAAGAACAGUUAAAAUGUAUUUGAGAUGUUGCCACAUACCUGGGACUCCGAUGCAUGCCCGCCAUGACUUAACCAAUGCCAUGGCGGCCAUACAGGUUUAGAGGGAUGAAACCCAUGUGAUACAUUCUUCAUACAUCUGUGCAUAGCUGUAUAGACUUACCUUAAAAUGCCGGCUGAUUAUAAUUAUUCACCAUGGAUGGUACCUUUAUAGACACUGGUCUAUAUCAAAUUAUACAUAUAUGAUAGCUUUCAGCUCGAUUAUUAGUGAAUUUGAAGCCAUCACUCUGAAAUCGGUUAAAUAUUUAGGAACUCAGUUUGCAUGACCAGGAAGAUCUGGUUAAGUAAUGAGACAAGCAGAGUAUUUUGAGCCACCCAACCAAAGUUUGUUUAAAGAACCACAUCCUACUAGGUAAACUUCAACUCAGGAACAGAAAUCCACGAUUAAUUGAACAGUUUGGCAUGCUGCUACAGGUUUGCGUGACUGGCUACUGGUGUAUUAGGUGGUCGUAUGUACAGCGAUAUGUUAAAAUAAACGGAAGUCAUUGGGUCAUAACACCUUCAGAACCCUGAGGUUUAUGCACAUUGUCGUUUAUUUUAUUAUUGCAACAAAAAAAUGAGGCCGCGAUCAGCAUAUGGGGUGAGCAUUGUGAGAAACUUGACGUGGAAGUGCUACUUGUAAUUUGGCCAGAUUGAAUUACUUGCUGUCAGUCGUGCCAACACGUUGCCAUGUAUGUGGCUUUACGAGACGGCUGCUCGAAUGUAAUAAAAGGAUAUGGGCCGGUCUAGCGCGUUAUUGCUGCCGAUUCUGAUUAAUGAAAUUGCUAAGCACAAGGCACAGGUCAAUUGAAGUUUGUACUUGUUCGAUCAGGUGACCCGAGUUAAACUCUUCUUAAUUUCCAAUUAAUUUUUUUUUCAAUAGGAUGUCACGGUGACAUUUUUUGUGAAGUCAAACCAGCUGACGCAAAACUAACUGCAACGUACACCGAAUCUUAAGGGCAUGUGGCGUUGCAUCAUCACCAACUUAGUUUCACCCACUCAGGAACCAUUGCAAAGGUAACCGGGGUAUGAUGUGAAUGUGUGUUUGUCAGCAUCUUGUCAUGUCCGUAUACUAAAAUAAGUGUUGACGAUGCUCUUAUUCAAUGGCUUUCGAGCUUUCGCUGAAAAAAAAAAUCCACGUUCUUAUAGUGUUAGCCACUUCCUCUCCAGCGCAAUCACUCCUGAUUUAACACAAAUGAGUGUGUUGCCUCACCUGGUGGGGCUCAUCCAAUUGAACAUGGGCAGACACAAUGCGACUGGCUCGGGCAGGACAAUUAGUUGAGGCCACAGCCUGGUCAUGAGUCGUCAUUCACGAGAUCAGUUGGUCUCGGCUAAGACCCAUUGAGCUAAGAAGCAAUUUUUGAACCCCGAUUAAUGGUUCACAGCUCUGAUACUAUGAUGCCAACUGAGAUGCAUUGUGGCCAGUGGCAUUUCAGUCUUGUAGUAUUUGAAUGUCGGGAAGCAUUUUUUUUCUCUACCGUAUUCUGUGAAUUCUAAAACACACUCGUUUCCCUGUAUUUAAAAGCAAAUGUUGGGGGUCCCAUCUCAUAAUCUGGUUGGUGGUCAUGUUUAUUGGUACCGAACACAUUUAGGGUGCGUAUAAAUUUCCCCCAGUACAUCUUAUAAAUACAGAAUACGUCAUAAUUUAACGUUCAAUUUAUAUUCUUGCUGCGGAGCUGCGUGGUGGGCAGUCGAAGGCAGUUCAGCAAUUUCCAAAGUUGUACCGUACGUACAUGCUCUUACAUGUGUGCUUUCUGCCUUCCACCCCACACCCACUAUCAUGGUGAGGUGUGGGUCAAAUAACCUCCGUGACCCGUUUGGCGUGGGUUCUCAAAAAGGUUGUAAAUGCAUCUGCACAGUCCAUUUUUUCCCUGCCGGGCAGUGCUGCGAUUCGAAUGCUUGACUCGCAAUAAGGUUAUAAUUUCACAUCUUGGUUGGAGUUUGAAUGUGGUGGGUUGCCAGCGGGGGGGUGAGAGCUGAAUUUUAAUAAGGAUAAACUUUUCCUGAACAAUCUUAAAUGAAACUAGACCGAUUACGUUUGAAGUUUUGAACAUUAUGGGUUUAGCCCUGAGAAUCAAGCGCUUAUGUUUUAUUCUCUAGUUUAUCAUUUGACUGUCACGUUCUCUGUGUGUGUGUGAUACGUGCCAGCAAGAUGCAUAGUUUGUCCUCUUGCCGUUUAACCUUCCACAAAUUGGUGUCAAUUUCGCUCUCACAAUACAAACGGCUGUAACAGAACAGGGCGAAGCGAGCCUGAAUUAUUGAUGCGCCAUUACUUUAACCAUAUUUUAAAGCGCUGACCUUUUUUCGUUGAUAAAUUAUUUCUCAUCGGAUGCUAUUGGACACAAGGAAAUGUUGACCGGUUUUUUGCAAUUUUGUGUUAAUUUUCUGUACCCGCACACAAAACCGCCAGUGCUCGUUUCCACCAGCUGUUGUCUAUUCUGAGUUAUUGCUUCGCCAAGAAACGUGGUUUAAAACCUACUUGGCCUUUAUUAACGGUUUAAGUGAAACGCUGCCGCAUAUUCUUAAGACUUUUGGAAACGUUACAGGCUAAAUUGUUGUUCUAAAUGUGUAGCCUACUUGAAACCUGCAUUAAUACGUAAUACUGUUGUCUGGUUUUAGUUGUAAUAGUGAAUAUUCGUGUGUUGGUUCUUUUUUAAUCCGUACACAUGCCCUUUAUAAUGCAGUGAUAUAUGCAUUAAAUGCUACUCUCACGUGUU